AUGACUGCCAGCACACGGUCUAUAAACGACAAGAGCCCUACUAGAAGUAGCAAAUUUUUUGCUGGGUCUCAAAGUUCUGAUGAAAAUUCUUCUGACGAUGCAUCUAAAAGAAAGGAUGAAACUACUGAAGAAGAAUAUAGUGAAGAUGAAAUUUUAUUAAGCUCUAGAGGAUUUAUUGAAACUCCUGGUUCUUUAGAUGAUUCUUCUUUGAAAGUUGGGUCUCUUGUGUUUAAUGAAAUCGAUGAAUUCGAUGACACUGAUCAACCUUUGGAUGUCAACGCGUCUUUUCUAAAUCCUCUACAAGUUACUACACGUCAUAGUUCUCAUGAUUAUGAUAGUAUAUUGGAAAGACGUUUGCUAUUGGUCUCUCUUCUUGAAAACUUUUGUCUAUUAUAUGAUACUAAUCCUGAUGGAAGUCGUAAAUUGUUUUACGUCAUUUGUAAAAUGUUGAGUGCUAUGGGAAUUAUCGAGGAAGAGUACAUCGAUGAAAUGUCCACCGUUCGAUCUUCGUAUCAAUGUGCAUUCAAAGCCUUGGUCGUUCAAGCAUUGAAUUCCAUUAAACAAGAACAAAUAUUGAUGGAAUCUCACAUGAUUAUGCCUCCGACUUCGGUAUCUGGUAUUCCUGAAAACGGAAAAUCUUCUCCUGUAAAUCAUGACGAGAUUAA